AUGCCAUUCACUGCAGAGGAUUUCAACAGGGCCAUGGCCCCCUCAACUGACGAGCGGAGGACAUACAAGGGCAACUGUCACUGCGGCAACAUCCGGUUCAUGAUCAACAAUAUCGCGCCCCUGGAGAAGGGCAAGGCCGUCCGCUGCAACUGCUCGAGCUGCGUCAAGCAUGGCUACUUGCUCGUCUACCCAAGGAUCGAGGACGUCGUCUUUACCCACGGCAGCAUGGACUCGAUGUCCGAGUAUCGCUGUGCCACCAUGUCUCGGCCGCAUAAAUUCUGCGGGAACUGUGGCACGCCAGUCAUGAUCCAGCUGGAGCAUGGAGACACACCCCACCUGCGAGAGAACAUCGCCGUUAACAUCCGAACCCUGGAAGACGUCGACGAAGUGCUGGACAAGAUCCAAUUUCUGGAAUUUGACGGGAAGCACGAAAUUGGGGAAAAGUAUACCCUGCCUCCCGUCUAG